AUGAAAUCUUUCAUUGCCGCCGCCGCCCUGGCGACGCUUGCGAGCGUCGCAGAGGCCAAAAAAUGCCAGAAUAUCACCGUUCCCGUGACGAUUGAAGCGCGUCUGGGAAUGUUCGGUGACCUCGCACCACAGAACGACAUCGAUAUCACCAACUUCAUCCUCAACCUGGCCCAGCAAGGCAAGAACUUUACGGAAGCUUCGUUGAAGGGCUACAAUACUGUCAAGGGCAGCUACCACCUCGCUACCACAUACUGCGCCCCAGACAACGGAGCUCCCAAUGUGGUCCAGGUUCUCACCCACGGCAUUGGCUUUGACCGCAGCUACUGGGACGCUCCAUACAACAACUACAACUACAGCUACGUCAACCAAGCCGUGGACCACUACGGCUAUGCCACUCUGAGCCACGACCGUCUGGGCAUCGGCAUGUCGUCCAAGGGAGACGCCGUCAACGAGAUCCAAGUGCUCCUCGAAGUCGCAGCCCUCAAGGCCCUCACGGACAAGUUGCGAGCGGGCACGAUUCCCGGCGCAGCCAAGUUCGCCAAAGUGCUUCAUGUCGGCCACUCGUUCGGUUCGGUGCAAUCUUACGUGCUCAGUGCGCAAUACCCCAGCAUUUCCGAUGGUCUGGGUCUGACCGGCUUCGCUCAAAAUGGCUCUUUCCUCUCGCAAUUCUUGCUCGGAGGCAACUUCCGCGGAGCCCAAGUCUACCCGCAGUUUGCAACUCUGCCUCGCGGUUAUCUCGCUCCUGCUUCGGAGCAAGGCGUGCACAUCAACUUCUUCUCUCCCCACGAGUUCGACCCGGCCAUUCUUCCAUUCGCAUACGCUACCGGCCAGCCUGUGACGAUGGGUGAGCUGCUCACCAUUGGAGGUGCUGCUGCCGCUCCAAACAUGAUCAAGGCACCAGUCCACAUCAUCACUGGCGAACGUGACGUGCCCUUCUGUGGUGGAAAUUGCCUUGCAGCUCCCACCGGCUUCUCUAGCAUCCCUGAGACAUCCAAAGCCAUGUUCAAGAACGCGAGCCCCUUCAAGGUGUCCAUCAUUCCCCGCGCCGGUCACGGCCUCAACCUAGAGUAUUCCGCUCCGCAAACGUACAAGACGAUUCUCGACUUCUUUGUCGAGAAUGGUGUUGGUCCUGCUAAGGGGUACCGUUCAUCUCGGCGCAAUUAG